AUGACGGACACAAUUGAUUUGAAAUUAUCUAGUCGUCGUCAAUGGAACCCGGUGCAGUGUCCCGUCCAUCUGGAAAUCAACGGCCGGAUACAAACUCCCGAAUCUCUAGUCCAAUAUGCACUCAAUAAUCCAUCAUUCGACUUGGUGAUAUCUACACAGGACGGGCAGAAUGUGUACAUACCGUUUAAAGAGGAUAGGAAACUAUUCACCUCCAAUAUUGCCGACGACCGAUCAACUUCAUCUUUGGUAAGUAACAAGAUUAGUGUAAUUGUUUGCCUAUUUCCUCAACACUUCUGCCCUCAUAAAGACACAGUGAUCACACAUUGUCAUUUCCAAAGUGUGACAGAGGAUGGGAGACAUGCAUUAUCGUUGUGUAAUUCGAAAGAUAUCACCGGUCUUCUCAUGACACAAACCAAUCGAUUCGGUCUAUCCACGUCUUCUAACGGGUCUUCAUCAUAUUUCGUUCUAACGCCAUACGUGGAGAAUAAUUGUGGUAAGUGUAUUUGGAAAGAAAACGAACACAACCUUGGAUCCUUGGCUCGCUUCUUAUCAUCCACCCACCGUAAAAAACGUCAAGCCGGCAAGACUGUCAUCGACCGCAAUCCGUCGUACAUCAAGGAACAUCUGGAUGGACGGAAGCGAUAUGUCGAGUUGGCGCUGGUCGCCGAUUACUCAGUGUACACCAAGUAUGACUCAGAUGAGAAGAAAGUCAACGACUACAUUCAACAAACCAUGAAUAUUCUGAACUCGUUACUGUUUCAGUUAUAUUACCCUCUCAACAUCCGUAUCACUCUAGUACACUCAGAAAUUUGGAAGAAGGGAGAUCAAAUAUCGGUUGUAGUGGAUUCGAAGGAAACACUGAACAAUUUUAUGGAGUACAAGAAGAAGAUGCUGAAAGAUAAUUUCUUUGACACUGGGUACUUGUUAACGACAUUGAAGUUUGAUGAAGGAGUUGUUGGAAAGGCCUACAAGGGAACGAUGUGCUCAUAUGAUUAUUCUGGAGGGAUUUAUGUGGAUCACAACAACGAUACGAUUGAAACUGUGGCCACUUUUGCACACGAACUUGGUCACACCUUUGGUAUGGACCAUGAUCCAAACGACAAAGACGUCUGUUACUGUCCUAUGCCUCGCUGUAUCAUGAAUCCACAAUCCGGUCAUAUGGAAGUCUGGUCUGAAUGUAGUGUUAAGAAUCUUGCCAGCGGAUUCAAUCGAGGAAUUGAUUUGUGCCUAUUCAAUGAACCUGGCCAGAAACCAAGUGAUGCCAAAUGUGGAAAUGGAAUAGUCGAAGCUGGAGAAGAGUGUGACUGUGGACCGUUGAAGUGUGACAAUGACUGUUGCGAUGGCAGCACAUGCAAACUUAUCGGAGAGGCUCAAUGUGCAUCUGGAGAUUGUUGUGAUUUGAAGACGUGUAAGCCGAAACCAAGAGCAACAGUAUGCCGUGCGGCGGUUGGCAUUUGUGAUCUUGACGAGUUUUGUAACGGAGAGACCAAUGAUUGUCCUGCUGACUUUUUUGUGCAGAACGGUGCGAAUUGUCCCGGCAGAGAUUUGGAGUUCUGCUACGAAGCCGGUUGCGGAAGUAGAAACGAUCAAUGUGCAAAACUGUGGGGCCCCACAGGUCAUAAUGGUGAUGACAACUGCUACCGUAAGAAUACAGAAGGAAGUUUCCACGGAAAUUGUGGAACUAACGCGCAUACCAAAGAAAUCAAGAAAUGUGAAUCUGAGAAUGCCAAAUGUGGACUUUUGCAAUGUGAAACUCAAGCCGAGCGGCCCAUUUUCGGUGAUCCCGGUUCAGUCACGUUCUCGCACAGUACUGUCUACUCUUCUUCGAAACGAGACGACAAGAAAUUCUGUUACGUCUUCAAGUCUGCGUACGGUGGAUUGAAUGCACCAGAUCCAGGUUUGGUACCAGAUGGAGCGAUUUGCGGGGAUGAUCAGGUAAGCUUUCAUACUGUAGAAACAAUGUGCAUUGGUCAAAAGUGUCAAAAAAAGGAGAAGAUCACCAAAGUGACGGCACAAUGUUUAGACAAUUGCAACUUCCGAGGUGUCUGCAACAACGUCGGCAAUUGUCAUUGUGAAAGGGGAUUCGGAGGAAUCGCAUGUGAAAUUCCAGGAUACGGAGGAUCUGUUAACAGUAAUGAGGCGUACAAAUUCCGAGGAAUAACACUCUCCUCAACAUUCUUGCUGUUGUUCUUCUUGUUUGGUUUCCUAAUCGCGGGGCUUUGCAUCUACUAUCGGGUGAAAAGGAAGAGAAAUUUGGUUUCUGAAUGGUGGAGUGUUGUUAAGAAGAAGUUUGAUCUACAUGGAGACUUGGUUCCAGUCAGGAAAGCGCCACCACCACCAUACGCGCAACGUAUACGCCAGAGCUUCACAGCAAUGUGGGGUGAGGACCAUUCUCAUGUGGCCGCCGCCGCUCAGCCAGCUCACCCUCGGAACUGUUACAAUUCAUGCUGUCGUCAACCUCCACGUUUCGAUCCACCUUCGAUUCCCAUGGUUACUCUGAAAAAUCCGAACCUCGCUAGUCCAACACCACUGUUGAAUCCAAGUGAAAAAGAGCAAAACAAUGAGAAAGUGGAGCAUCAACGUGUGGAAUUGUAUGCUCCAUCGGAUAAUUUCAGGAGUAAUUCAGCGGCUUCAUUCAACACCCGCACCGGAUCCCUACGACCCACUGUCCAGCCACCUCCAAUUCCUCGGCCGACCAAUGACGUGUUGACGAAACUGAACGAAGAACUUGAAAAGGAGAAGAAAUUCGAGCAACUAAACAAAACACUUCCAUUGCCACCCCCACUACCGAAGGAGAAACCGAAGACUGCAACAAGUCUACGUCGGAAUGAGAGCAUGAGACCCGAACAGGCACCACCACCACCGCCGCCAGCUCAUGCGCACUUAUCUAGAGUAGCACAUACAGAAUCAUAUAACUUAAAUAAUCUUCCCGGAGUAGUUGCAAAUGGUGAUUACUAUUCUGCUUACCGACUUUCAAAAAAUCAUAGCUUCUCGAACUUUAAGAAACCAUCUCUACCAUCGAAACCACCAAAGAACAGCAGCUCUUCUGAAAAGGAUGAAUCCACGGAAGAGGAAAAAGUGGACGUUCGAUCAAUGGCUGCUAUGUUCAAUCAGAAGUUGAAGAAAUGA